AUGCGUAGAAAUUCCCUUACCAACAUGCUCGGUGAGUUCGUCGGAUUCAACAGAUCACCUGGAGCAAGACUCUCAUCGCUUUCAAAUCAAGAACUCAAUCAUGCGGUAAAAGAAGAGAAAAGAAACUUUAUGGAGCAAGAAGCCGUCGUUCGACCGGAGAAGAGAAAGCCACGUCAGCGAUAUUUGUCAGAAGGAGAUAUCCGAGUGGUUUCAGCACAUCCAGUUUCAGUGAGCGAACUGAAAAGAGGACUCAAUGUAGGAGAUCGGACUACAGUGAAGGUAUCAGCUAAUCCAGCUGGAGAAGAAGCUCCAGUCGAUGUGGUGAUGAGGGUGAAGAGUCCGAAAAGAAAGGACAGACCAACGAGUUUGAUUGAGAGAAUUCGUAGGAAGAUUAGCUACACUAAAACUGGGGCAAUAAUUGAAUCAGACGAAGAGAAAGAUCAUGUUGAAGACGUCAUUCCUGGAUUUCCAAAAAGAAGAGAUUCAACUCGAUCGGAACGUCUCUUCAUUCCAAUCACUCCAGUUGAAGCUGUUCCAAUCCGAAUCGUUCAAGUGUCGAACUAA